AUGGACCGCGAUGGCGGCCGCCGAGACGCCCCCGGCGCGCUGAUGGAGGCCGGGCGCGGCGCGGGGCCCGCGGGCAUGGCGGAGCCGCGGGCUAGGGCGGCGCGGCCCGGGCCCCAGCGCUUCCUGCGGCGCAGCGUGGUAGAGUCGGACCAGGAGGAGCCGCCGGGCCUGGAGGCCACCGAGGCACAGAGCGCACAGCCCCCGCAGCCCCUGCAGCGCCGGGUGCUUCUGCUCUGCAAGACGCGCCGCCUCAUCGCAGAGCGCGCCCGUGGCCGCCCUGCCGCCCCCGCGCCCGCCGCGCCUGCAGCGCCUCCGGGUGCCCCGGGAACCCCCUCGGACCCCGGCCCGGAGCCUGCGGGCGCCCGUGAGCCCAGCCCGGACCCUGCUGCUGCGGCAACCGCGCAGGUCCCCGACGACGGCCCGCGGGAGGAGGAGGCGGCGGCAGCGAGGCAGGAGGACGCUGGAGCCACCGAGGCGAAGCCCGAGCCCGGGCGCGCACGGAAGGAUGAACCGGAGGAGGAGGAGGACGACGAGGACGAUCUCAAGGCCGUGGCCACCUCUUUGGACGGCCGCUUUCUUAAGUUUGACAUCGAGCUGGGCCGGGGCUCCUUCAAGACAGUCUACAAGGGUCUGGACACCGAGACCUGGGUGGAGGUGGCCUGGUGCGAACUGCAGGACCGGAAGCUCACCAAGCUGGAGCGGCAGCGGUUCAAGGAGGAGGCGGAGAUGCUGAAGGGCCUGCAGCACCCCAACAUCGUGCGCUUCUAUGACUUCUGGGAGUCCAGUGCCAAGGGCAAGCGGUGCAUUGUGCUGGUGACGGAGCUGAUGACCUCGGGGACGCUGAAGACGUACCUGAAGCGGUUCAAGGUGAUGAAGCCCAAGGUGCUGCGCAGCUGGUGCCGGCAGAUCCUGAAGGGCCUGCUAUUCCUACACACGAGGACACCACCCAUCAUCCACCGUGACCUCAAGUGUGACAACAUCUUCAUCACUGGGCCAACUGGGUCUGUGAAGAUUGGUGACUUGGGCCUGGCCACCCUCAAAAGAGCAUCAUUCGCCAAAAGUGUGAUAGGUACGCCCGAGUUCAUGGCGCCCGAGAUGUACGAGGAACACUACGAUGAGUCUGUUGACGUCUAUGCCUUCGGGAUGUGCAUGUUGGAGAUGGCCACCUCGGAGUACCCCUACUCAGAGUGCCAGAAUGCUGCACAGAUCUACCGCAAGGUCACCUGUGGCAUCAAGCCAGCCAGCUUUGAGAAAGUGCAUGAUCCUGAAAUCAAGGAGAUUAUUGGGGAGUGCAUCUGCAAGAACAAGGAGGAAAGGUACGAGAUCAAGGACCUGCUGAGCCACGCCUUCUUUGCAGAGGACACUGGUGUCAGAGUGGAACUUGCAGAGGAGGACCAUGGCAGGAAGUCCACCAUUGCCCUGCGGCUCUGGGUGGAAGACCCCAAGAAGCUGAAGGGCAAACCCAAGGACAAUGGUGCCAUAGAGUUCACCUUUGACCUAGAGAAGGAGACCCCUGAUGAAGUGGCUCAGGAAAUGAUCGAUUCUGGAUUCUUCCAUGAGAGUGACGUGAAGAUUGUGGCCAAGUCCAUCCGCGAUCGCGUGGCACUGAUCCAGUGGCGUCGGGAGAGGAUCUGGCCUGCGCUGCAGUCCCAGGAGCCUAAGGACUCAGGCAGCCCUGAUAAGACCAGGGGUCCGCCAGCCCCCCUGCAGGUCCAAGUGACCUACCAUGCGCAGGCCGGGCAGCCUGGGCAGCAAGAGCCCGAGGAGCCUGAGGCUGACCAGCACCUCCUGCCUCCUACACUGCCGGCCAGCGCCACCUCUCUGGCCUCGGACAGCACCUUUGACAGCGGCCAGGGCUCCACGGUGUACUCAGACUCCCAGAGCAGUCAGCAGAGCAUGGUACUGGGCUCCCUUGUGGACGCUGCUCCACCCCUGGCCCCAUGCGUGUGCAGUCCCCCUGUGAGCGAGGGACCUGGCCUGCCGCACAGCCUGCCCUCGCUGGGGGCCUUCCAGCAGCCCACUGCCACGCCGGGCCUCUCCGUGGGCUCUGUCCCAGCCCCUGCCCACCCUCCACUCCUCCAGCAGCGUUUCCCAGAGCCUGCAAUGAGCUUCGCCCCUGUGCUGCCGCCACCCAGUGCCCCUGUGCCCACAGGCCCAGGCCAGCCUGCACCCACCGCUCAGCAGCCUCCUCCAAUGGCCCAGCCGCCGGCCCUGCCACAGGUCCUGGCCCCACAGCCUAUGGGCACCAUGCAGCCCGUGCCCCCCCACCUGCCUCCGUACCUGGCUCCGACCUCCCAGGUGGUGGCCCCUGCUCAGCUGAAGCCCCUCCAGAUGCCUCAGCCACCCCUGCAGCCACUCGCUCAAGUCCCUCCACAGAUGCCUCCGAUGCCUGUGGUCCCCCCCAUCACGCCCCUGGCAGGAAUCGACAGCCUCCCUCAGGCCCUCACUGACCUGCCCACUGCUAACGUGGCUCCGGUGCCGGCCCCUCAGUAUUUCUCUCCCGCCGUGAUCUUGCCAAGCCUCACCACGCCCCUCCCCACGACCCCGGCCCUGCCCCUGCAGGCAGUCAAGCUACCCCAUCCCACUGCGGCGCCCCUGGCCGUGCCAUGCCAGACGAUCGUGCCAAACACGCCAGCCGCCAUCCCUCUACUGGCUGUGGCCCCACAGGGGGUGGCCGCCCUGUCUAUCCACCCUGCUGUGGCCCAGCUCCCGGCCCAGCUCCCCACCCCGCCCGUGUACCCGGCCACCUUCCCGCAGAUGGCCCCCGGAGACAUCCCGCCUUCCCCCCACCACACAGUGCAGAGCUUAAGGGCGACCCCAACCCCUCCGCAGCAGGCACCAACAGCACCCCCUCAGCCCCUCCAGCCUGGUGUUGUCCACCUGCCCGAGCAGGCUGCCGCAGUGCCUGCCUCAGGGAGCCAGGUCCUGCUGGGCCAUCCGCCUCCGUACACUGUGGAUGUGGCUGCUCCGGUCCCUGCUGUGCCCCUGCCGCCUGUUGUCCUCUCCCCGCCUCUGCCAGACGUGCUGCCACCUGCCGUCCCCGAGCUCCUGCCUAAGUUCCCCAGCUCUCUGGCCCCCACCGUGGUGGCAGCCGCUCAGAGUGUGCCCACCCCGAGUGCCACACUCCUGCCGCCAGCAAACCCGCCACUGCCCACUGCGCCUGUGAUUGCCGGCCCUUGCCCAGCCGUGCAGCUGACAGUGGAACCUGCCCAGGAGGAGCAGGCCUCCCAGGACAAGCCGCCUGGCCUCCCGCAGAGCUGUGAGAGCUAUGGAGGCUCUGAUGUCACUUCUGGAAAAGAGCUGAGUGACAGCUGUGAGGGCGCCUUUGGAGGGGGCAGGCUGGAGGGCAGGGCUGCCCGGAAACACCACCGCAGGUCCACGCGUGCUCGCUCCCGGCAGGAGAGGGCCAGCCGGCCCCGGCUUACCAUCCUGAAUGUGUGCAACACGGGGGACAAGAUGGUGGAGUGUCAGCUGGAAACACACAACCAUAAGAUGGUGACCUUCAAGUUUGACUUGGACGGGGACGCGCCUGAUGAGAUCGCCACGUACAUGGUGGAGCACGGCUUCAUCCUGCCCGCUGAGCGGGAGACGUUCAUCGAGCAGAUGAAGGAUGUCAUGGACAAGGCAGAGGACAUGCUCAGCGAGGACACAGAUGCUGACCGUGGCUCUGAUGCGGGGGUCAGCCCACCACACCUGGGGUCCUGUGGUCUGGCUGUGGGGGAGGAGAGUGGACAGUCCCAAGCAAAUGCCCCUGUGUAUCAGCAGAACGUCUUGCACACGGGGAAGAGGUGGUUUAUUAUCUGUCCGGUGGCUGAGCACCCAGCAGCUGAUGCCCCUGAAUCGUCACCCCCACUUCCUCUAAGCUCCCUGCAGCCAGAAGCCAGCCAAGACUCGGCACCCUUCACAGACCAGCGGACCUUGAAGGAAACAGCCAGCUCCCUUGCUGCUCAGCAGCUCCUGAGCCAUCCCAGUGACCCUCCUGGAGGGGCACCGGCCCCCCUGGCCCCACCCUCCCCUCCUGUGACUACUGCACCUCAAGACACAGCAGCACCAGCCGCCAGCACCGUGUCAGAGCCAGCACCAGGGACUGCCAUUCAGGCAGGGCGUCCAGGGACCCCUCAGGAGCCAGCCAGUGAGCACGAGGCUCCCCAGCCACUGGCCAAGACUCAUGAUGCCCAGCGUGCCGCCCAGCCCCUCAGCAUGGGCCGAGGACCUUGCGCCCCUGUUCUGGAGGCCUCCCGAAGUUCUGCAAGUCUGGGGGAGCCUGCCUCGGCCAGGGAGGUCAGCAUUCCCGCAGAGCCCCUGCCUGCGGUGGCACCAGAGCCCAGCCCUCCCAGUGGGGGCCUGCAACCUGCCCCUGGUCAGCUGCCACCUCAGCUCUCCACGGCAGUGGGAGCCAUCAGCCUGGCUGCCUCCCAGCUCCCCAGCCCACCCCUGGGGCCCACUGCCCCUCCACAACCGCCCUCAGCCCUGGAGUCCGAUGGGGAAGGGCCACCCCCGAGGGUAGGCUUUGUGGACAGCACCAUCAAGAGUCUGGAUGAGAAACUGCGGACCCUGCUGUAUCAGGAGCACGUGCCCACCUCCUCCGCCUCCGCUGGGACUCCCAUGGAGGUGAGUGAAGACCUCACCCCGGAGCCCCUGGGAGGAGACCGGCCCCAAAGGGAGGCGAUAGGGGGUUUCUGGCCCCACCACCGGCACUGAGUGAAGUGGCCCCCACAGCUCACCAUACUGCCUCAGCCCUCGUUGGAAAAGUCGGAAACAGCCCCUGCAGGAUGGGGCCCUGUGGAGCAGGAGCGGGAGCAGGGCGCGUCCUCACCAAUGACAGCAGAAUCGUCUUCCAGCAACACGCUGGGCUGUGACAGUGACGGAGGGCAGGUGGCCUCAGACUCACCUGCAGCACCCAGUGCCCCCCAGGGUGUCCCUGCUUCCGCAAGCCCCACAUUCAUGGAGCCCACGGACCAGAAAGGCAGGGUCCCCAGGGAAGCCCCAGCAGAACCCAUGCAGAGCUCUCUGGAGACAGACACAGGCGGCAGCCGUCCCAGCCACCCGCAGAGCCACGAGUCACCUCGGAAGCAGCCAGGACAGGAUGGCAGCUCACCGGCCAAGACCGUGGGCCGCUUCUCAGUGGUCAGCACGCAGGAUGAGUGGACCCUGGCCUCCCCCCGUGGCACGAGGUACUCCGCCCCGCCCGACGUCUACCUGGACGAGGUCCCCUCCAGCCCUGAUGUGAAGCUGGCAGUGCGGCGGGUGCAGACGGCCUCCUCCAUCGAGGUCGGUGUAGGCGAGCCUGCGUCCAGUGACUCUGGGGACGAGUGCCCACGGAGGAGGCCCCCGGUGCAGAAGCAGUCCUCCCUGCCCAGUGGCGGUGGUGUGGCCAGCGACUUAGUGAAGAAGGCCACUGCCUUCCUACACAGGUCCUCGAGGGCUGGUUCACUGGGCCCUGAGACUCCCAGCAGGGCGGGCGUGAAGGUCCCCACCAUCAGCGUCACCUCCUUCCACUCCCAGUCAUCCUACAUCAGCAGCGACAAUGACUCCGAGUUUGAGGACGCGGACAUAAAGAAGGAACUGCGCAGUCUCCGGGAGAAGCACCUGAAGGAGAUCUCGGAGCUGCAGAGCCAGCAGAAACAGGAGAUCGAGGCUCUGUACCGCCGCCUGGGCAAGCCACUUCCGCCCAACGUGGGCUUCUUCCAUACGGCGCCCCCGACUGGCCGCCGGAGGAAAACCAGCAAGAGCAAGCUGAAGGCGGGCAAGCUGCUGAACCCCUUAGUACAGCAGCUCAAGGUCGUGGCCUGCAGCACAGGUCACUUGUCUGACUCCAGCAGAGGCCCUCCCGCUAAGGACCCUGCCCACGCCAGCACAGCCCCGUGCGCGAAGGCAGUUCAGACCCAGCAGCCCUGCUCCGUCCGAGCCUCCUUGUCCACAGACAUCUGCUCCGGCUUAGCCAGUGACGGAGGCGGAGCGCGUGGCCAAGGCUGGACGGUUUACCACCCAACGUCUGAAAGAGGGGCCUAUAAGUCUAGUAGCAAGCCUCGUGCUCGAUUCCUCAGUGGACCCGUAUCUGUGUCCAUCUGGUCAGCCCUGAAGCGCCUCUGCCUAGGCAAAGAACACAGCAGUAGGUCCUCCACCAGCAGCCUGGCCCCAGGCCCCGAGCCGGGUCCCCAGUCCACCCUGCACGUCCAGGCGCAGGUCAACAACAGCAACAACAAGAAAGGCACCUUCACGGACGACCUGCACAAACUGGUGGACCAGUGGACGAGCAAGACGGCGGGGGCGGCGCAACUGAAGCCGACGCUCAACCAGCUGAAGCAGACGCAGAAGCUGCAGGACAUGGAGGCCCCCGGCGAGGCGCGGGCUAUGGCCACACCUCGAGCAGGAAUGGGGACGCCGUGUCUGGCCCCAGUGCCCGGCCCUCUGUGCACCACGGCCAUCCCUGGAGCCGCCCCGGUCUUGCCUGUGCCCACACCAGAUCCUGAGAGUGAAAAACCUGACUGA